AUGGAAUUAUCUGAAGGCAUUGCAUCAAUGAAUUACAGACAGUACAUGCGUAAUAAACCGGACAGCAAAGAGUUAUCUGUAAAGGAGUUUGAGAGUAUUCCUUUCAUUGCCUAUCCAAGCAACGAUAAACUAAUGGAUUUGUUUCUCAUGCAGUUUGAGCGGAACAAAAAACAUUAUGAGAAUAACAUGCAGAAACACACAGGGGAGAUUCUGUCCUGUGACUACACCUUUAGAACGAAUAAACAUAUCGGGGUAACCCGCGAGGACGGCAAGUUUGUAGGCCAGUUUAAAAACGUCUUCUUGGGGGUGAACGAAAACGGAGAAGUUAUGAUAUGGAAGUUUACGAAGACGACUUCUUCGUCCGAAAUUAUCGACUCACUUAAAGAACUGAAAGAGAGGCUUGAUAAGGCAAGCACUAACUUAAAAAUGAUAAUAGUGGAUGACUGUUGCCACGUGAUGCACCUAUAUGGACAAAUAUUCCCGGGGAUAAAGGUUCGGCUAGACUUAUUUCACGCGUGUAUGAGAGUUGUACAAACGGUACGCAAAAGCGAAGAUUACAGUAAACAAUUUGCUAAUGAAUUUUCUUUAAUUUUCCGUCAAAAUGGAGACCUUGGUAACGAGAGAACAAUGAGCCGCACCUUGUCCUGA